AUGGCGACCAAUUCUGACGUUUCUUCGCCAUUCAAGAAAGUCCAGAUUGAGAGAGAUAACUCGACAUUUGAUGCCUAUGUGAUCGGGAGAGAUGAUGCUCCGGGGAUUGUUGUGCUUCACGAAUGGUGGGGUGUUGAUUUUGAGAUCAAGAAUCAUGCACAGAAGAUUGUCGGGUUUGAUAAGGGCUACAAAGCAUUGAUACCAGACUUGUACAGAGGGAGGGUUGGUCUAAACGCUGCUGAAGCUCAACACUUGAUGGAUAGUCUUGACUGGAAAGGCGCGGUGAAGGAUAUUGAAGCCUCUGUCAACUGGCUCAAGGCAGAAGGUUCUAAGAAGGUUGGUGUUACUGGGUUCUGCAUAUGUAGUGCCCUAGCUAUUGCAAGUUCAGUAUUGGUUCCGGGAAUUGAUGCUGUGGUAUCUUUUUAUGGAGUGCCUUCGUGUGAACUUGCGGACGUCAUCAAAGCUAAGGCACCUGUGCAGGCUCACUUUGGUCAACUUGAUACCUUUGUUGGGUUUUCGGAUGUUGAGACUGUAAGGAGUUUACAAUAUGAACUGUGGAGAGCUGGUGAAAAUUAUGAAAAUGAGGUGUUCGUCUAUAAGGGAGUCGGGCAUGCCUUCAUGAACAGGUCCCCUGAAGCGAUUGAGAGAAGGAAAAGGAUGGGAAUAAAUGAUGAAAAUGCUGAAGCAGCAAGCAUUCAGAGGUUAAGUAGCCUAAACCUCGCGCGCGCCCAACCGCGUGACGCGCAUGGCCAUAGCAUGUCGACAGCGUUCGGCAGCGCCCAGUCAGUGGCGCCAAUAACGCCCAGCGAGUGCAGGCAGCGCCCGACAUCGCCUAGCCAGCCUCGACGCACACGCCGAGCCCAGCAACUCGAGUACGUUUAG